AAAAAAAUAAAUCAUUUAGGUAGAUUGGUUGGAUUUUCUCACGGAUUUAUUCGAAGAUUAUUUAAAUCCAGGUGAUGAAAUCACCGAAAAUGAUAAAGUAUUCUUACGUGGUAAAAGUUACAUUCAGACGAUUAUAGAGCUUUUUGAAAGUAGAAAAAUUACAGAAAGAAUGUUUUUGAAUUACGGUGGUGCUAUGUUUCUCAAUGAAUUGUUGACUUUUCAUUUUGUUUCACAAAAUGGUAUUAAUAUUAAAUUAAAACAAAAAACGACUGCUUCAAGUAGUGAAAUGAAAUGGUCUCAAUGUAAAACUUACAUAACUAGAACAGCCAGUCCUGUUUUAGAUUAUCUUUAUGGGAAUUACAGAAAAGAAAAAACAAUUGACAAAGAAUUAAUCAAUUAUAUGGUCAAAGCGAUGGAAGAAAUGGUAGCGCAAUCGACAUGGUUAGAUGAACCAACAAAAAAUGCUGUCCAAGAUAAAUUGAAUCAUAUGAUUGCAUUCGUAAGUCUACCAGAAUGGACUCAAGACGUAAGAGAAUUAGAAAAAUAUUUUGAAGGACUUCCUAAAAUGACGUCCAAUGCUUUCGAAAAUGCGUUUAAUUUAAAACAAUUCGACACUAAAAAACUUGUUGGAUUACGCGGAAAGAAAAAUGAUAGAUCCAAAUGGCCACGAUAUUCCCAAAUGGGAGGAUCACAAGUUAACGCAUUUUAUGUACCAGACUUUAAUAUUGUUGUAAUUCCUGCUGGUAUUCAACAACUACCUUACUAUCAUGCCGAUCGACCUAAUUACAUGAAUUUUGGUGGAAUGGGUCUUAUUUAUGGCCAUGAAAUGACUCACGGUCUUGAUGAAUCAGGAAGUUUAAGAGAUAAAUAUGGAAAUUUGAAAAAUUGGUGGACAGAUAAAUCGAAAACAGAAUUUAAGAAAAGAUCGAAAUGUUUUGUAGACCAAUACAGUUCCUAUCAUUACGAUGGACUUGAUAUAACUGUCGAUGGAAAGCAAACUUUAUCAGAAAAUAUUGCCGAUAACGGUGGGAUACGUCAGGCAUAUCUGGGUUAUCAGAAAUGGGUGAAAGAUCAUGGUAAAGAGAAAAGACUUCCAGGUUUAGAAAAGUACAGCCCCGAGCAAUUGUUUUUUGUUGCAUUCGCCGAGUCAUGGUGUAGCAGUAUUCAUCCACCGUCCUUAUUAGCGAGUAGUCAUGCAGACGAUAGCCAUUCUGCUGAUCAAUUCAGGGUAAUUGGCAGUUUAGUCAAUAUGAAAGAAUUUUCUGAAGUUUUCAAGUGCAAAUCAGGAUCUAAAAUGAAUCCUAAAAAUAAAUGCAUCAUAUGGUAAAAAUUUCACACCAAAAAAAAUCAGGAAAAA